AUGGCUUCAGGAAGUGAGGACGAAAUCGAGGGGGCAUGGUAUUUUGGAUCAAGCCAGUAUGAUCCUCAAUCAAGCUCAGAAUCAGAAGAACCAUACAUCGUUGAAUACAAAAAUUGUGGAAGGAUGAGAGUUGUGGUGCCUCCAAACGUUCUAGAGUCUAGACCGAUGGGGGAACAUACAUGUAUAAGAGAUGUUGCAAGUUGUUUGGACUUGGCACCAUCGACCGUUUGGAGGUUAAUCAAAAAAAGUGAAAUUAAGGCACAUUCAAAUCCUCUUCACCCGGCUUUAACCGAUGCCAAUAAAUUGAGAAGGGUGAAGUGGAUUUUGAGUCUCAUCCAAGAAGAUAGCAUUCAAAGACAUCCAAUAUACAAGGGAAUGUUAGAUUUCAUUCACAUCGAUGAGAAAUGGUUUUAUUUGACCAAAAAAACUAAAAGAGUUUACCUUGCACACAAAGAGAAGAUCCCGUAUAGGGCAGCAAAGUCAUCUAAGGUUGCAGCCGUGAGGGACUCGAAGAAUAGGUUAAGGGGGUCAAUUGAAAUUAAGCCAACAGAAUCAGUCACUCAAGAAGUUUAUAGAAGCAUGCUCAUCCAAAAUCUCAUUCCGACAAUACUAAGAAAGUGGCCAAAAGAAGGACCUUCAAUCAUUUUCAUUCAACAAGACAAUGUAAAAGUGCACAUUACAAAUGAAGAUCCAAUACGGCAACAGCACAACAAGCAAGGUGGGUUAACCUUCAUUCUUACACAACAACCCCCUAAUAGUCCAGAUUGUAACAUUUUGGACUUGAAAUUCUUUAGAAGCAUUCAAUCAUUGAUGCAUAAGAAAAUGCCAAAGAGUAUGACAGAGUUGAUUAAUGCAGUUGAAGAUGCAAUGCUGAACUUCAUCCAAAGACAUUAA